CUCUGGAACUCCCUCUCCCCUGAUUCUCAGUCUGAAGAAGGGGCUCGACCCAUAUCCCCUUGUACCUUUCCUAUCCAUGUACCUGUCCAAAUGUCUUUUUAAAAGUUGUUAUUGUACAUAGCACACCUACCCUCUCUGGCAGCUCGUUCCAUAUACCCAACACACUCUCUGUGUUAAAAGUUUACCAUUGGGUUCCUAUUAAAUAUUUCCGCUUGCAGCUUAAACCCGUACCCUCUAGCUCUUGAUUCUCCGAUCCCUGGAGGAAGACUGUGUGUUUACCGUAUCUAUUUCCUUCAUGAUUUUCCGCACCUCUAUAUGAUCACCUCUCGGCAUCCUGCCCCCCAUUGAAUAAAGUCCUCAUCAAACACGUUAAAGCUGUGUUCCUUCUGGUCACUAACAUUGGUACAUUUUUCUUGCUAUGCUGAGCAUUUGUCUUAAACCCAAGCACUAUGAUUUGAUGCGCAUUUAAAAUAUGCACAGAAUACUUUUUGGUUUUCUUCCUUUGCCAUUGAACACCCCAUCCGUUACCUCCAACGCCCCAAAUCUACAUCUACAUCGAGACCCUUCUUCAGACUGAUCCAGUCUAGAUGCCACUUUGAGGAUGACAAACUGCAAACAAGAAAUGUUGAUCCAAAGAACAUUAUGAAGCAACUGACCUUAUCAUUGCAGCUGCCUUUGACUAUUUUCUAAUUUAUCAAAUGUUGGCAAUUUGCAUGCAUUACAAAUUGAAUCGUAUGAAAAAUAUGCGCUUGCAACUUAGUAAUUUUUAAAAACAUUACUUUUGAAUCUUUGGCACCCCUUGUAUCAAAACCUUGUUUUUUGGAUUUUGGUGAGCAGUUUAAUUAUUAGUAAACACAAAUUGAAUCGUAUGAAAAAUAUGCGCUUGCAACUUAGUAAUUUUUAAAAACAUUACUUUUGAAUCUUUGGCACCCCUUGUAUCAAAACCUUGCUUUUUGGAUUUUGGUGAGCAGUUUAAUUAUUAGUACAUGAUACUUAUUUCUGAUCGAUUUUGCAUUAUGUCACAGGUAAUUAACAAAAUGCUAGCAUGGCCAAUAGACCAAUUUGGAUUUUUUGCCAUUUAAACAUCCCAUUCACAUUUGUUUGUAAUAAAUCCUCAUUGCAAACCUGAAAUUGUCAACCGGAUUGCAUCCAGUAACAUUUUAUAUAACCAUAGCUGUGGGCAGCUUAAUGUUGACAGAAGCAAGUAUUUGAUAAUUAUAGGGUAAAACCUGUUGAAUGUUGUUGAGUGCAGAAACAGGAGAUGUUAAAAAAACAACUUUGUAGUUGAUUUGUGACUGCCGGACUGUUGCAAUAAAUGAUGAUUCAUUGCUUUCUGUCUUCACAUCUGGUUUAUUUUUUCCUGUCAUACCUGAGAGGCCAGAGAAGGUGAAAUUCCUGGUAUGCUUUGGUGCUGUUCAGUGUCUAGUCUCUGCUUGUUUCGGGGUUUAAUAAUAUCUGACAGAGCAUCUGUUCCCAGUACGCAGUGAGACCCACCAGCAGCAGACCAGUCAUAGACUUCAUCCCCAACACAUCCACAUUCCACAGGUCUGAUAAACUGUCUGUGAAAUCACACAGUGCCUUUUUGUUUCUACCUACUGUUGCACUAAAUUCAGUUCAGUUGAACCAUGCACUCUGCACUGAUCAUGUGCAUUUAGCAUAUGCCUGCAGGACGGCUUUGUUUUGGUUGUAGAGUUUGUAGAGUACAGAGAAUAUUGCAGCAGAAAGGAAAAGAACUGAAAAAUGUCCAAGCCUUCGCGACUGGCCAGACCUUCAUCAGUCAGUGCAGCUUCUAAGCUCUGUGCAGCAAGGAAAGAUGUUUCCAGCCACAAAUCAAAGACCAAUAGCUUGGGUCAAAAGCUUCAGAGGACUGGAAGUGAGGGGACCCUGAGUAAAACACAACCCGUGCAAGUGACGCCACUAAUUGCGCAAAAGAAGAGUUGCGCCUCAAAAGAUCAUGGCAAGUCAAACCUGCGUGUAACCUCAUUAGAUGACGCCGAGCGCAUUAAAACCAAGGAAACACUCGCUAAUGGAAAUAACCGUGGUUCAAGUGCAAAACUUGCUCGGAACAUCCCACGGAGACACACUGUAGGUGGAGCUCGCAGUGCGAAGGAAAUACUGGGAAUGCAGCCAUCAGAAAUGGACAGGAAGAGGGAGGUUUUCCUGGAACAUCUGAAGCAGAAAUAUCCACAUCAUGCACAUGCCAUUAUGGGGCAGCAAGAACGUCUCAAAGAUCAGGUAUGAGAACAUUGGCCCAAAUCUAAUCAAUUAUUGUAUUACAUUUCUUCAGUUCCCUUCCUGUAGACAAAGUCGGGUGUCAAACGGAAGAGAACUUUCUGGUGCAACUUUUCUUCUAUAGUUAUGGCUUUUGCCUCACAUUGAUGGCGAAUGCCACCCACACUGCUCCCAAGCUUAUUUUUUUCGCCGGAGAACCACAUGGUCAUGGAGUGUCUGCAAGGAUCUAAUGAUGUUAACAUGAUGGUUAAUUUGAAAGGUUUUGGUUUUGUGGUGGUCAAGAGUGUUUUAUCGUCAUGUGUUAAUCCCUACUCUUUGUUUCCUGUCUGCCAACCACUUCUCUGUCCAUGUCAGCACUCUACCCCCAAUACCCUGUGCCCUAAUUUUACCCACUAAUCUCCUAUGUGGGACCUUAUCAAAUGCUUUCUGAAAGUCCAGGUACACUACAUCCACUGGCUCUCCCUUGUCCAUUUUCCUAGUUACAUCCCCAAAAAAUUCCAGAAGAUUAGUCAAGCAUGAUUUCCCUUUUGUAAAUCCAUGCUGACUCGGACCGAUCCUGUUACUGCUAUCCAAAUGUGCGGCUAUUUCAUCUUUAAUAAUUGAUUCAGCACCUUCCCCACCACCGAUGUCGAACAACAAAAAUAAGUUCCAUAUAUAUAUAAAAUAACAAACAAUAGAGUGCAAAGCCAAAAACAAUGCCUCGCUCUGCCCGCAUGUCCUUAAUGCAAUUGAGGUUGUUUGUCAUUUGGAAUUUAAUUGUAGUUCGUAGUGUUCGAUAGUCUAAUGGUUGUUGGGAGGAAGCUACUUCUGAAUCUGAAUGUUACAGUUUUCAGUCUCCUUUACCUCCAUAUAACCAUAUAACCAUAUAACAAUUACAGCACGGAAACAGGCCAUCUCGGCCCUUCAAGUCCGUGUCGAACACUUAUUUUCCACUAAUCCCAUCUACCUGCACUCAGACCAUAACCCUCCAUUCCUUUCCCAUCCAUAUACCUAUCCAAUUUAUUUUUAAAUGUUAAAAUCGAACUUGCCUCCACCACCUUCACUGGAAGCUUAUUCCACACAGCUACCACUCUCUGAGUAAAGAAGAUCCCCCUCAUGUUACCCCUAAACUUCUGUCCCUUAAUUCUCAAGUCAUGUCCUCUUGUUUGAAUCUUCCCUACUCUCAAUGGGAAAAGCUUAUCCACGUCAACUCUGUCUAUCCCUCUCAUCAUUUUAAAGACCUCUAUCAAGUCCCCCCUUAACCUUCUGCGCUCCAAAGAAUAAAGACCUAACUUGUUCAACCUUUCUCUGUAACUUAGUUGCUGAAACCCAGGCAACAUUCUAGUAAAUCUCCUCUGUACUCUCUCUAUUUUGUUGACAUCCUUCCUAUAAUUAGGCGACCAAAAAUUGUACACCAUACUCCAGAAUUGUCCUCUUCCCGUUGGCAGGAGUGAAAUGAGAGCCUGGCCAGGGUGGUAUGAUGCUGGCUGCGUUUUUGAGGCAGUGUCUCCUGUAGAUCCCUUUGAUGGUGGGGAGGUCAGUGCGCCUGAUAGGCUGGGCAGUCUUCACCACUUUUUAAGGAAUACCGGGGUAACGUGGAUAUUUAGUCUCAGCCAUGGUUCUGUAAGGCAAGCCUCUUACUCUACCCAUAUUUCCACUAUCUUCUCAAGUCAAGUCAAGUCAAGUCAAGUCAAGUCAAGUUUAUUUGUCACAUACACAUACGAGAUGUGCAGUGAAAUGAAAGUGGCAAUGCUCGUGGACUUUUGUGCAAAAGACAAACAACAAAACAACCAAAUAAAUUAUAAACACAAUCAUAACGCACAUAUUCUUUUACAUAAUAAAUAAUGGAAGGAAAAAACGUUCAGUAGAGUUAGUCCCUGGUGAGAUAGGCGUUUACAGUCCGAAUUGCCUCUGGGAAGAAACUCCUUCUCAACCUCUCUGUUCUCACCGAUUGGCAACGGAGGCGUUUGCCUGACCGUAGGGUAGGGUUCAGAUAGGGAAAAAAUGGGGGAAGAGACUGCAGUUUAGAGAGCAAAUUUAUUUCCAAGAUAUUCUGAACUAAUAGUACACCAGCUGUAGAACGUCCAAAUGGCUCUCCAGUAAUUACAUCCUUGUAAACAAACCUCUUUUUGGAACAAUCUGUUCGUUCUUCUUUGAAGCAUUUGGCAUUUCAUGACUGCAGAAAUCAGUUUAUACUUUGACCUGGAUAGGUUUUUGUAAUUUGUGAUGGACACUCGGAAUAAUUGGAUAAAUGUUUGAAGUCUGGAAAGAAUAAACCCAUGGGUGGGGAACAGUGAACUGGAUUUGUUUUUGAAUUCCUGGACAUCAGGCUGAUAUAACAUGAUGGCAUGAAUUGUUAGUUGAAGUUACCUGCAAAAGGUAGAAUUGGCCCAGAACGUGAUAUGUUCUCCUGCACAAGAAGACUUUCUGGGUCAACAUCCCAAAUAGUCAAGGUUUGAGGAUUUCUACGUGGUGGUGCAGAUGAAGAGCCUCACAGCUUCAGGAACCCUGGUUCGAUCUUGACCUUGAAUACACAUUAUUC